UGCUAACCUUUUCCCAUCCCUAGCCCUCUGCCCCAUCUUAAUGGUAUGGUUCAUGGGCUUUAAGACUUCAGCCAUGGAGUCUACAGAAUAUUAGCACAGCUUUUGCAGCCCCAUUUUUCCCCAGUAAUGCUUUUUACCUCUUCAUGGGUCAUUCCCUUCUGAUUUAAGAGGAAAGAAGAAGGAUUGAGAUUUAGUAAAGGAAAGAAAGCAGCAGAAGCUCCAGAAAAGGUUUCAUGGCGGCAGAGACUACAGAUAUGUCUUCUUCUCCGACCCGGAACCCGGCAAAGCCCAUUUCAUCAUUCUUGGGUUCUCCGACCCGAAUCCUGAACGGAUUUCUGGGUCGGACAACUUCCCAAUUGGAUCACAGCAUGAGCAUGAGCCCCACCUCAACCCUUGACGCCAAACAAUUCCUCAAUCUUGGUCACCAUCUCGGGUACGAGAAAAGCCCAAACCUGACCCAAAAAUCUAGCCCGGCCCGAAACCCAAACCCAAACCCAGUUUGCACCGAAAAGAGACCCGACUCGUUAGGAGUGAGCCUCGCUCUCAUUGAGGACUCGCGCCGAGAUAAGGUCCUGUUUGGGUCAAAACUUAAGAUUCAAAUCCCCACUCUGGUUUCUCCGGUGGAGUCGCCGGUGGGGUCUCCGGGGGAUUUCGGAAUCAAGACUCCCCGGAAUCUGCCGCCAUUGUUGAGCUCUGUCGUUCAGGCCGGCGAAUGCCCUUCUUCUCCAGAGGGGCUAUCACUGAGUGAAAUGGAACUGUCAGAGGACUACACGUGUGUGAUUACCCAUGGACCCAAUCCAAAAACAACUCACAUCUUUGGCAAUUGCGUUGUUGAAGAAAGCUGCUGUGAAGUGAUGAAGGCGAACUGUUCUUCGCUAUCGAGUUGCCAGAACUGUAGCAUCAUCAGUCAUGAAGAUGAGCACGGUAUCUACAGCGGCCAGUCCUCAGCAUAGAAACUGGAUUAAUGAAAUGAAGACAAAGAGGAUGAUGGCAUUGUAGAGGAAUCAGAGUUUCUGAUACAAUAAUAUAUAUCAAGUGUGCCAUUUGUUUAUAUAAUAUUAUGAACAAAAGGAAUUUACUAUCUUUAAAGGUGGGGUUCUCUUUCAGCUUUUCUAAGACUGGACUUUGAGUCAUAAUCAUCGUCGUUGUUGUUAUUAUUAUUAUUAUUAUUAUUAUUAUUUAUUUUUGUAUCCUUGAGUGGUCUUACUAAAUCCUGGAGGACGUACACUUCCAGUCCUUCCAAAGUGUAUCAAACUGAAUCGCGAGAUUGGUAUGAUCAGCUGAGAGAUGACAUGAAGUUGAUCAACAAAUCUGCGGCAUGGUAGAUGAGGUCUGCAAUUAUUUUUUUUUUGACUUUCAACCUCCCAUGUACUUCGUAUGUGUAUUGGUAAUGGAUAAAGGAGAGGAGGUGUAGAUAUCAAAUUGUUUAAUAAAACUAAACAAUUUAGCUUUUUGCUUCAUUGUGUGGCUUAUAUUUUAGUACUCUCUCCACACCGGGCACACCCUAUGUUCCACUCAUUUUUUC